AUGGCAACCCCCGAUGCGGAUGAAAUGGAACGAUUUCAGCAACUGUCUGACCAAUAUCAAGCAGACCUUCCGGGACCAUUAAUCGGAGACAAGAAGCCUUUGUCCGAGCUUGUAACGGAGUAUGCCCAGGCGGAUGAGACUUAUGUCGUCAAGACUACGGCACUUGCUGUAACUCACACUGCAUAUCGACCGAUAAAGGGAGAUGGACAAUGUGGAUGGCGAGGCGCUGUCUUUGGCUACUUCGAGAUUCUCCUCCAAUCUGGGGACAUUGGCCUGAUCGAUCAGGAAUUGGUCCGCCUGCAGAGUUUUGAACAAACAAUGCGGGCAGUCGGUGUCGACUACGAUAUCAUCAUCGACAUGUUUGACUACACGUGGGAGCUUUUCGCCGCCAUCAAAGCCGCAGCAGAACGAGGCGACAAAAGCGACCAUGUUCUCCUCGAGAUCAUGAAUGAUGCACCCAAAUCCGACUCGAUCGUGUACCACUUCAAGAUGAUGACAAGCUCUUUCAUGCAAGUUCAGUCCGAACGCUACGAAGCUUUUCUCGAAGUGCCUGUCGCCCAAUAUUGCCUGACGAGAAUUGAUCCAGCAAACCAAGAGAUCGACCAUAUUGGCCUACAAGCCUUGACCGAUGCAGUCAUUGCUCCGGCGUAUAUUGCGUUGGAAGUCUCGUAUCUGGACAGGAGCACCGGGAACGAGGUGACUCCGCAUCAAUUUGUCCUCAACUCCCAGAAUUGGCCUGCAAUCCGCCUGAUCUAUCGUCCAGGUCAUUACGACAUCAUCUACAAAGACGACAACCCCAUCCAGGUCUUCCUCCAAGCCGAGGCGCCUCAAUAUAUCGCUCCACUGAGCAAUGAGCUCUUCCGGGGCGAUGCCGACGCGAUGGAACUGUACUUCACAAUGUUUCCCAACAUGCCGACCCAGAGUCAAGGUGGGCCACAAGUCGAACCGUCGACUAAUUCCUCCCAACUGCAGUAUCGGCAUCCUCAACCAUCGUCGUUCACAAAUUCCAGCCUUGGACAGCAAUCUUAUUUUCCACCGGUCUCUCAAAGCGUACCUCAGCAGCAACCUACCUUGCCGGUCAGAACACACUCACUCCCAUAUCCGGUGCAUCAAUCCCCGAUGACUCCAUCACAUUCGCAGGUGUCACGCUCUAGCAUUUCUCCGCAAUCACCACCUCCGAACACCCCAGGAGCUGGUCCUUGCGGACCCGGAACCACACCCCGCAGGAGUACGGAGCCUCAAAUCAGAUACAAUGAGAUGUGUCAUAUCUACAACAACCAACGUCAUGAGAGUCUUCCUUUGGAUCCGGUGUCAUUCGGCAGUUCCACGCAAAGCCCUGCCAACUAUCUCAAUCCCGACUUCCAACCCUUGAUGUGGAAAGCGGAAGAACAGUAUCACAAACGAGAGUAA